AUGAUCCAGGGCAAGGGGCACGACCACACUCUUGACAACUGGAGCCUCGGGGUGCUCCUCUACGAGAUGUGUGUUGGGCGGCCGCCCUUCCAGAGCACAAAUCACGUUCUCCUGAUCUCAAAGAUCCUGUCCAAGGAGUUCAACUUCCCCGCUUUUGUGCCCAAUCCCGUGAUCGAGCUGGUGUCCGGGCUGCUUCAGCACGAACCGCGAGAUCGCAUGUCUAUUGACAGCGUGCUCCAGCACCAGUGGCUGAUCACACGCGCAAGCGUAGCCGAGCCACCCGCUGCCCUGGACAAGCACGUCAUCCACGAGCACAGCUCCUCGGCGCCCGUGCCCGAGAAUGUGCCCGCACCAGGCAUCUCUGCUGUGCAGAAGAGCCUCCGGGAGGCCCAGGCCAAAGCCGUGGCGCAGCCGCACUCGCCCAACGUGCAUGGCGCGACCCUUCCAGGCCAGGACGCGCAGCACGAGAUGCCCUGCGCUGCGCCUCCGCCUUCAGCGCCUGGCACGCGCGAGCCGAACCGGAAGCAGCCUCCAUCGUCCGUGGUGCCCACGCGGGCGCUCUUGGAGGGCACGCCGCGCCUGGAGCAGAGCUCGAUGCAGCGCCAGAGAUCGCCCUCGGCCUCUGCCACGCCAAGCCCGCCUGCGCCACCGCGCGGCCCCGUACCGCCGCGCCGCACUGGCGCGGCCUCGAUGACGCUGCCGAUGCCGUCGAGGGCAGGGCCAGAGCAGGCGGCGCAGCAGGAGGCGCAGCGGGUCCUGACCGCGACGACGCGCGUCCCGUCGCCCGCGCGCACGCCGCUGCAAUCGACACCCUUCCGGCGCAUUGCCGCCCCGCAGCCCGCCGUGACGCCGCUGGGUGCCGGGCAGCCUGGCCACGCCGCGCAGGGAGCAAUGCCCGGCGCCGCGGCUGGCGGUGGCAUGUGGCAGGCAGCCUCGGGCCCGGGCAGCGCCAGUGGCUUCCAGCGCCUGGCCGUGCCCACGGGCGUGGCGACGGAGCCGGCCUUCGCCGCCGCGGUGCAGGCACGCCGGGGCAGCCCCGCGCGGCCGGCGGGCGCCACCGCGCAGCUGCUUGCCACGCCGGCCGCGAGGACCCGAUGCUGCAGCGGCUCGCCGGCGACGCUCUCGGCAGGCCUGGUGCCCAGCGCCGCAGCAGUGCCGCGCCAGGCGCCAGCGGCGCAGCAAGGAAGGCUCCCCACAGAGGCCCCGCCGCAGCUGCCCGGGCGCGGCUGCUGGCCCGCCCUGGGGCACCCUGGCGCGCAGGCGCAGCAGCUGGCGUGUGCAGCCCGUGGAGUCGAGGCAGUAGCUCCCAUGCUGGCCGGCUGCGCCGCAUUUCAAGGUCCCGUUGUCCAAACGAUGAUGUCCAGCACUCUGGCGCACGUUGCGGCGGCAUGCGGCGUGAACUACUGUGGCGGCCACGCUGUGCGAGCAGGUGGUGUCAUCUCGGUUGGCAGUCCUCUGCAUCUGCUGCCGCAUGCAGCGUCUUGCGCUGGCUGUUGA